AUGAAUUUAAAACCAAUAAAUAAUAGAGGACCAAACAUUACAAAGGUUUAUUUAAAUAUAUAUGAUUUACAUCCAAUAAAUAAUUUUGGACAUUGUUUGGGUGUUGGAUUAUUUCAUUCAGCAGUUGAAAUAAAUGGUAAUGAAAUUGGAUUUAGUGGACAUGAAUGGAGUUUUAGUGGUGUAUAUGAAAUAAAACCAAAAACAGCAACAGGUGUUGUAUUUAGAGAAUCAUUAUAUAUGGGUGAUGUAACAUUAUCAGAAAGACAAAUUCAAUCAUUAAUUGAUAAUAUUGCUGAAGAAUUCCCUGGUAAAUCUUACCACCCUUUAAAAAAAAAUUGUAAUACAUUCUCAAAUGAAUUAAUAAAGAGAUUAUUAAAUAGAGAAAUUCCAAAUUAUAUAAAUAGAUUAGCAUUUAUAGGAACCUUUUUUUCAUGUCUUUUACCUAAAUCAUUUGGAUUUAUACCACAAGAAUCAGCAUCAAAUAGUGUAGAUAGUAAAGGUAAAAGUAGUAAUAAUAGUAGUAGUAGUACAACAAUACCAUUUUCAGGUAAAGGACAUUCAUUAGCAGAUGAUAGUGGUCCAAAGCCAAUUUAUAUACCAGAUGACAAUUAUAAUAAAGAUGGAAGUAGUAGGUUAAAUUUUUAUGGUUCUGAUAAUGAUACAAGUAGUAGUAGUGCUAGUGGUAGUAAUACUAAUUCUCCAAUUAUAUCAAAUGAAAAUGAAGAUGAAAGAAGAAAAAGAAUUUUAUUGGCUGCAAAUAAAAGAUAUAUGCAAAAUAAUGAUAGUAAUAAUAGUAAUAAUAAUAUUGAAUCAUCUUCAUCAUCAAAUACAAAUACAGAAUUUCCAUCAUCAUCAGAUUCAUCGUCAUCAAGUAGUGGUACACCACCAACAUCUUCUGAUUCUUUAUCACCCACAAUUUCAUCACCAUUAAUAUCUGGAAAAUAA